GGUCCAGGGUAGGAUGGUUCAUUCGAUGAUCUAUGCGUUGAGAGGAUGGAUUGCGUUUGUUGCGUUCAUAAGUAUGGCGACAGCAAUAAGAUGCUUCUUAGACACUGAAAACUACCUCGGUAAACAGUUCUUUUCUGGAGGUGCUCAGUACACGCCAGUGACACCAGGACUGGGCCGAAUAUUUGGAACAUUUCAUGCCCUGCAGGCUGUUAUCCUGAUCCACAGUGCCUUCAGAAUCGAGUAUUACCCGUUGAUCAGCGCCGCCAUUUGCACGUUGAUGGUGACGAUCAUCUACUUGGGGCUGGAAACAUUUUACUACAAAACAGCAUACUGUGGAUUCACAACUUUGUUUCCGAUCAUUAUAUCAGCGGUGACGCUCGCAUGGAUAGCGUGUGCUCCACGCUACUUGAAGACGCGCGAGAUCGACGAAGAGGAGCUGAUGAAAGUGAUGCUGCCGCGCAGGAAAAAGUGGAACAAGAAACGAGACUGAUCUGCCCCGAGCCUCAUCAGCGCCAGCAUCAAUGGGCGCACCGGCCACUGUCGUUUGCUUGCCAUCGCUAGUCUCUGAUGUCACGCUCUUAGUACCCAACGCGUGUUCGUCGAUUUUAUUGACAUCCUUUUCGUCCGUGCGUGUUUUGUUUGACUUGCCGGACAGUUCCUUUCGUGAUGGUUGCCGGUAUGGCUACAAGACGCCGUUUGCGGCGUGGGACGAGAGAAUGAACGGGAAAGUGUGGUGCUAUGCACGUAGUUUGAAAAUGUAACGGAACGGGGCACGUGCGUUUUGGAACCAGGGCGAAUGUAGACACCUUAAUGCAUCGCAAUGCUCUUUUGUCUUGCGGUUAGCAACCGGAGAUCAACUGAUCAGAUCCGCUUAUGUUGUACGUUCACGCUCGAAUUCGCAAAUAAUGUUGUUAAUGCCCUCGACUUGAUUGCCGUUGUUCAUAACACGGAGUGGUAAGGGGAAAGGGCGAUGCGCCUUCUCCUGCCGCUUCUAGACUUCUGAGAAGAGCCUGGCCUGAAAACAACAGUUGACUGAUCUCAGCGGGAUCGCACUAUUGCUAGUCAGUUUGAUAUUGCUAGGGCAAUUGCUGACUCCGCUAGGUCGGGUCAAAUGUAGAAUUUCCUUGGAAGUCGAACCUCUUCAGGUUAACAUGCUCAUAUGUACGAGACCAUGCCUCGCAACAACACGAAACUUAGGCGUGCUCCCUGUAUAUAUUUUAGUAAAUUGUCAUGCGGUCAUGUGUAUUUUUGACAUUCAUGUGCGACGUAGGGUUCCGUUUAUAUAGCCAGUGCAGGCCUACCGCGCGCAUGCCGCGGAAUGGCCUGUUGCCGCUGGGUGCCCACACCGGCCGUGGGUCGCCGUGCAAUGUUCUUAAAAAAACGUCUCACCUCAGAAACCAGAUGUGCUAGGGUGAUGUUUUUUGUGUCAAAAGAACCCCGGUGGCUGCCCCAGAGACUUCCGAAAAUUGGGGCGCGAUUGCACAUGACGAAGACGUAACCUCAAAAAACCAUGAGGGUCGUACCGCCUCCAUCUCCCUCCUAUCAGGGCGUGAGCCAAAGGAAAUGUUUCACAUUUGUAUCGGCUUUUGAACUUAAAUGGCCAUUUUGGAGAUCAUUUGUUGCAGUUCACAGCACUGCCCUUCUUAACGCCUAACGCCUUCUAGUUUCUGAGCUACGCGCCUGGGAAAAUGUGCAGGCUAUUUCGUGCGGACUAUAACAAGGUCGCGCAAGUAUCUAUAACGUCAUAAUAAUGUCAUUUAAAUCAUGGCAUACCACUGGCCAUGCGACGAUCAAGGCCAAAAAAAUCGUUGAGUUGUAUGUCUAGAGUAGUUUUGCCACUUAAGAGUAGAUCAGUUACUUAGAACUAAGCUUUUUUGAUAUGUGAUGCUCGCUUCAGUAUCUUUAAAUGUGGAACACUCAACUUUGUUGUAAUUUUCACAAUUCUGUAGUGCCGUUACACACUUUCGCAACCAACGUUGGCCUCUUUUCUUUGGCUUUCCUUGGCUGCUUACUGGCGUCGCUCUGGGCCAGGCAACGUUGAGCUCGCCUGAAGUCUUGCAAACGCUACAUUGUUCUGUACCAUGCUUCUGAUUUCCCCCUGUAUCGCCUGCUUACAUGAGCAGCCUGAGGGGGGCACGUGGCUGGUUGCAUGCGUGGACCCACGCCAGGAAAUAGGUUGUACGCUCUGUCUCUCGUCAAGCGGUGAUGAUAGUGUCGUAGCGACCCUUGUGGAAAUCGCAACCGUUUUUUACGUGUUCAUCGUUUUUCGCCGGUGACAAUUUUUUUUUCGUAAAUCCGAUGUCAAAUUGUUAUCCACCUAAAAUUUGGUGGGUAAAUGCUGCCCACGGUUAUGCUACAGUUUUACAGCCAGCAAGCAUGUUGCGUGCAAACAUCUUGAAUUGGUAAGGUCGUAAAUUUGAAGGAACUAUGUCGUUUGUCGUGGAGCACUUCCUGAUCCCAUAAACGGUUGUUGCAAAGGCAUAAGCGCUAUAAUGCAUGCUUGUCGGAAGUGGGCCACUGAAGCCGUUUUUCCAGCUAGAUGACAUUACAUCAAGGCACAGGCUCAGGUCUUGCUCCCAUAAGGUGUAAUCCGUGUUUGCAUAGCUGUUGUGAUGAUGCACUAACGGUUAUCGCGAUUUGGUUAUAAUCGAUGCACGACGUCUUUUUUCGGUUGCACGGUUAUCCUGAAUGGCAUGUCCAUUGUCAGUGAGAUCAAUUCGUGCUAUUGUGUGCAUUGCCAUGUAGCCAUUGGGCGGCGUUUUUAUUCCGUGUAUUGGUAUCAUUCAUAUUGUUUUGUGGUGUGACCCUACUUUGCGCCGCUUACCCUACGGGUUUUUUGUUGUAGGAUUUUGAUCAUUUUCCCUUGUAGUAACACUCAUUUGUUUUGGUCUUUAUUGUGGUUUUGUAUCCAAGAGCAGCACUGAACAAGCGCCAACGCCGGUGGAUUCCUCUGCGAAUUGCUGGUGAAAUGUGAUGGAUCCGCCCAGUCCAGUGUGCCUUAGGUAGUGUGACGUUCUAUGAGGCGACUAGAACGUCACGUGCAUUUGUAUUGUAUCUUUACGCAUGGGGACUUUUCGGAGGUUUCGUACCGUUUGUUUUCAAUCAUGUUUCUUGAACCUGUUUUGAACAUUGGUUUAGUUUUGUGACAUCUGCACCAUUCAAAAAUCCUGGUUGGAAAGGAUGUCUCCAGCCGUCUCUGCAGCUCAGUCUGUCGAGCGUUGUACACUGAUCACUGUGUAGUAGACACGCUGGUUCGGACCUCCGAAAUCGUGUUUGUGGUAGUCUUUUCAACGGUCAGCUGAAAUGGCGACUAGUCAAGAGAGGUAGGCUGAAGCGGGUCGCCGUCCCAUGGCAUCGAUAUGUUUCGUUACACGUGCCCGUGUGGCCGGUUGAAUGCAACGCGUUCCGAUGGAGUUUUGAGUCAAUUUGACCCUCAUGCGAUGCAGAACCGAGGAAAAUAAAUACACCAA